AUGGCAUCGUCAACCCCUCAAGUCAUAACCUGCAAAGCUGCAGUGGCAUGGGCAGCGGGAGCGCCAUUGGUACUGGAGGAUGUAGAAGUCAGUCCUCCCCAACCAUUCGAGAUUAGGAUUAAGGUUCUCUCCACCUCUCUAUGUCGCAGUGAUCUCUCUGCUUGGGAAUCUCAUGCUAUAUUUCCUCGCAUAUUUGGCCAUGAAGCAUCUGGGGUUGUAGAAAGUGUAGGGCUAGGAGUGACUGAAUUCAAAGAAGGGGACCAUGUGCUAACAGUUUUCAUUGGAGAAUGCAUGUCAUGCAAGCCGUGCAAAUCAGGAAAAACUAAUAUUUGUCAAGUUUUGGGAUUGGAAAGAAAGGGUUUAAUGCAUAGUGAUCAAAAGACUAGAUUCUCAAUAAAAGGGAAGCCUGUUUAUCAUUAUUGCGGUGUUUCAAGUUUUAGCGAAUACACAGUUGUCCAUUCUGGAUGUGUAGUGAAAGUUAGUCCUCAUGUACCUCUCGACAAAAUAUGCCUUCUAAGCUGUGGCGUCUCUGCAGGUCUGGGUGCAGCAUGGAAUGUUGCCGAUGUGACAAAAGGAUCAACAGUCGUUAUAUUUGGUCUUGGAACUGUUGGCCUUUCUGUUGCUCAAGGUGCUAAACUAAGAGGUGCAUCUAGAAUAAUUGGUGUCGAUAACAAUACACGGAAGUGCGAAAAUGCUAAAUCUUUUGGGGUUACGGAAGUUGUUGAUCCGAAUUCGUACAAUGAACCUAUCGUGCAGGUUAUUAAGCGCAUUACUGAUGGUGGAGCCGAUUUCUGUUUUGAAUGCGUCGGUGACACUGAUAUGAUAACAACUGCAUUGCAAUCAUGUUGUGAUGGAUGGGGUUUGACUGUAACACUUGGUGUGCCGAAGGUGAAGCCUGAGAUGUCAGCUCAUUACGGACUAUUCUUGACAGGAAGAACAUUGAAAGGAUCGCUAUUUGGAGGAUGGAAACCUAAAACUGAUCUUCCUUCACUAGUAGAAAAAUAUGUGAACAAGGAAAUUGAGAUUGAUGACUACAUAACACACAAUUUGGCAUUUGAUGACAUUAACAAAGCUUUCAAUCUCAUGAAACAAGGAAACUGUCUUCGUUGUGUUAUCCACAUGCCAGAAUAA